CUGCAGCAGGUUCCAGGUCUUGUCAGUGUGUUCACGUGUUGAACAGCGCCCCCCCUGGCGGCCUGCUGCGGUACUGCACCCCUCUGUCUGAAGCUCUGCCCCCUGUGACAGAACCAGCCUGCCAGGCUGAUUCCUCCGGUCAGCAGGCUGUUUCCUCCCGCUGCCUCUCCGCCAGCUCCGGGGCCAACUCUCUAACCAGCUCUGGAUCAGUGAUCAGACCGGGACGGACCAGAACCCGCAGAUAAAGGGUUGAUGUUUGGUCCCCGGGGCCCCUCAGGGUCGAUCCUCCAGCCGGACUGCUGCAGCUCAACGCCUCUGUCAGCCGACUGAUCGAGCUGAUUGAUCGCCUGUAACUAGACGACGCAGAGCACCAGGUUACCGCUGCGUCUGCCAGCGGAGCAGCCGAGACGCUCCUGCACCGCCCCGAGUCCCCCGAGUCCCCAGAGUCCCCAGAGUCCCCAGAGUCCCCCGAGUCCCGGCCCCCAGCCCGGCCCUGCUGCCUGGGCAGGACUCCACCAUCAUGGACACAGAGUCCACCUACUCGGGCUACUCCUACUACUCCGGACGCUCCCGGGGAUCCCACAGACACGGGGAGCGAAGCCGGGACCGCCACAAGUCUCGCAGUAAAGACAGCCGCUCUGAGAAGUCUGUCACCAUCAACACGCCGCCAGCAGAGCCGCUGCUGGGAGACUCGUCUGUCCGAGGAGAACCGGUCCAGGAUGAUAACUGGGGCGAGACCACCACGGCGGUCACGGGGACGUCGGAGCACAGCCUGUCCCAGGAGGACAUCGUGCGGAUCACGAAGGACCUGGAGGACAGCGUGGGGCUGGACUGCCGGCGCUACUUCACGCUGACGCUGGCCGUCAUCCUCGGCCUGCUCGUCUUCCUCACGCCGCUCGCCUUCCUCGUCCUUCCUCACCUGCUGUGGCCCGAGAAGCUGCAGAGCUGCGGGACGGCGUGCGAGGGUCUCUUCAUCUCCGUGGCCUUCAAGCUGCUCAUCCUGCUGCUCGCCGUCUGGGCGCUCUUCUUCCGGCCGCCGCGCGCCGGCCUGCCCCGCGUCUUCGUCUUCAGGGCGCUGCUCGCCGUGCUCGUGCUGCUCUUCGUCGUCUCCUAUUGGCUGUUCUACGGAGUCAGGAUCCUGGACUCACAGGAUGAGAACUACCAGGGCAUCGUGCAGUACGCCGUCUCGCUGGUGGACGCGCUGCUCUUCAUCCAUUACCUGGCCAUCGUGCUGCUGGAGCUGCGCCAGCUGCAGCCGUGUUUCUCCGUCAGCGUGACGCGCUCCACGGACGGAGAGACCAGGCAGUACAACCUGGGACAGCUCAGCAUCCAGCGAGCAGCCCUGGCCAUCCUGGAGCAUUACUACUGCGACUUCCCGGUCCACAACCCGGCGCUGCUCUCCGCCUCCAAGUCCCGAGCAGCCAAACACCUGGCCGGCCUCAAGGUCUACAACGUGGAUGGUGAGUUCCCAGCAGCCCCGGCUGAGGGUCCGGGGAACAACGCCACGGCGGGGAUGGCUCACUCCCAGUCCAGAGCCAUGAUCGCCGCCGCCGCACGCCGCAGAGACACCAGCCACAACGAGCUGUACUACGAGGAGGCGGAGCACGAGAGGCGCGUCCGCAAGAGGAGAGCACGCCUGGUGGUGGCGGUGGAGGAGGCGUUCACACACAUCAAGCGCCUGCAGGAGGAGGAGCAGAAGAAGUCCCCGGGGGACGUGAUGGACCCCCGGGAGGCGGCCCAGGCCAUCUUCCCCUCCAUGGCCCGAGCUCUGCAGAAAUACCUGAGGACCACCAAGCAGCAGCACUGCCACAGCAUGGAGAGCAUCCAGCAGCACCUGGCCUUCUGCAUCACACACAACAUGACGCCCAAGGCGUUCCUGGAGAGCUACCUGGCGGCGGGCCCCACCCUGCAGUACAGCCGGGACCACUGGUUGUCCCGUCAGUGGACUCUGAUCAGCGAGGCGUCGGUGACCAGCGGGCUGAAGGACGGCGCCGUCUUCGUGCUGCGCUGCGGAGACUUCAGCCUGGUGGCGAGCACCAAAAGCAUCCCGUACAUCUCGCUGUCGGAGGAGUACAUCGACCCAAAGUCCCACAAGUUCGUCCUGCGGCUGCAGUCGGAGACCUCCGUCUAGCUGCAGUCAGAGACCUCCGUCUAGCUGCAGUCAGAGACCUCCGUCUAGCUGCAGUCAGAGACCUCCGUCUAGCUGCAGUCAGAGACCUCCGUCUAGCUGCAGUCAGAGACCUCCGUCUAGCUGCAGGAACACUCGGAAACAACGUUUUUUAUUCCUCACAAAGUCUCAAAUGGUUUCUCAUUUUGGGUUUGCAGUUUUUAUUUGUACUUUUUUGGAAUUUUUAUAUAUUAUAUAUGAAUCUAUAUAUUACACUCAUGUUUGAAUAUAGUGAUCUUUUUAUGUUUGGAUGGAAUUUAAAAAAGAAAGAAAGAAAGAAAAAAAGACGCCUCGGACGGCCGCCACGCCUCAGAUAUGGUUGUGUGCACAUAAAGUGUGUGAGUGUGUGUAUGCCAGUGUGUGUGUGUGUGUGUGUGUGAGAGAGAGAGUGUGUGUGUGCACGUGUGUCGUUUUGUGUCAACACAAUCACUCGUUCCUUCUCUGUUUGAGACGUUGGAGCCAAACAAGACGGAACUUUUGAGAUUUCUAACUUCCCCACAGACACUCUGAAGUCUCGCUCACUCCUUUAUGUCCACGAGACAGAAAGACGGACAGAAAGACGGACGGAGAGACAGAAAGACGAACCACUAACAGACCAAAAUGUGGAUUUAAACACCUGAAUCCUGUUGGAAACAUCGACACUCCUGCUUGUGUUUCCGUCUCGUCUGCAACAUUUAAAAGAUUCUCUCGUGGACGAAAAAAUGGAUUUCCUUCUCUUGGAAAAACCAAAAUUUAAAUGCAUCAAUCAGACUUUUUUAUGCAUUAAAUGCACAUUUCUGCAUCUUGAUAAAGUAAAACAACACACAGCCUAAAGAAAGAAAGGAACAUUAUUAUGACUCCAGCCUGCAGCAGCAGUUUUGUCUCCUCAGCAGGACUUCUGCAGAGCUUCAGACAAACUCAGCGGAGCAAAACAUCUGAAAUGUUUCCACUCCAGUUGGAAACACACACACACACACACACACA